UAACUUCAUAGUAAAUGCCAAAAUUCUUUAUUAUGCUCAUCCGUUUACGUUGAUGGUUUCCUUUCCUUCUCUAACAGAGUAACAUAUGUCAUUGACUGAUACUGGAGAAAAUUAUGAUUUGCAGGAUCAACAGAACACAUAAAGUUGGUGGAUUUGGUUUCUUGAAGUAUUCGUGAGUUUCAAAACAAAUUCCUCAAUAGGAUGGAAACUGAACAAUGCACACAGACAUCUUUAAAUCAAAUAGGAACUUCUGAAACAAAUAGCUCCAGUUUAGUGGGUACAGCGAAGAAACUGUUAUUUCGGCAAAUGCUGGUGGGGGUAAGUGACGGGCGCUUUUUCUUGGGCACAUUCUACUGCAUUGAUAAGGAAGGAAACAUUAUUCUCCAAGAUGCAGUGGAGUAUCGGAACACCAGACAUUCUUCCCCUUCUCCAAUGGAACAACGGUGCCUUGGCCUCAUUCUCAUCCCAUUCUCUUGCCGAAAAUCUUGUCAUGUCGAUUGCUCCAUUGAAGAACAAUUGUCGCUACUUUCACUGAAGGAAUAGAGGAAAAUGCUUUAGCUACCAUACAUUUUCUGUGUGUUAAGGUUGUGUUUGGAUUUCUUCCUAUUCCUUUUAUUAUUAUUUUUUCUACUUUUUCAAGAGCUAACAAAGAUGCUUAUCGACUUUGUUUGAAUCCAACUUAUGUGACCAAUCAUUUCUGAGUUUUAUUCAUGCACUCUUCAGCAGGCUUUGCAUUUGUUUUGUGCUUGAACUUGGACCUUGGAAUGAAUUUGCACGACACUCUUUUUGUU